AUUGUUGUAAUAAAUGAUAAAUGGAGUGGCCUCUGACCUGUCCUUCUCUUAAAAUAAAACAUCGCUCACUCCCUCCCGCCAACACCUUUCAUUCCCUUCUCUAUAGCCUCUCUUUUUUUGAACACUCCUCUCUUCUCUUCCUUUCCAAGAACUUUCAAAGAUCGGACAACCAUGAGCGCCGUCAACAUCACCAACGUCACCGUCCUCGAUAACCCCGCUUCCUUUCUCGCUCCUUUUCAGUUCGAGAUUUCCUACGAGUGCUUAGCCGCUCUCAAAGAUGAUUUGGAAUGGAAGCUCAUUUACGUUGGAUCUGCUGAGGAUGAGACUUAUGACCAGUUGUUAGAGAGUGUUCUUGUUGGUCCUGUCAAUGUUGGAAACUAUCGAUUUGUUUUACAGGCGGAUCCACCGGACCCGACCAAGAUUCGUGAAGAAGAUAUAAUUGGUGUUACUGUGCUUUUACUCACUUGCUCUUAUUUGGGUCAAGAGUUUAUUCGCGUUGGUUAUUAUGUCAACAAUGAUUAUGACGAUGAACAGCUGAGGGAGGAGCCUCCGACUAAGGUUUUGACGGAUAGGGUUCAGAGGAACAUUUUAUCGGAUAAACCUAGGGUUACCAAGUUCCCGAUCAAUUUCCACCCUGAGAACACUGAAAUUGAAGAGCAACCCGUUGCAUCGGAGCAACAGCCUGAAACUGUUGAAGAUCCAUCGGCUGUAGCUGACUGUGAUCCCCUAAAUGAGGGGGACAAAAAAGAGGAUUCUUAAGAUUUCGUAGGUAUACAGGCCUGUCAAUUCUUCAAUGUCCAACUUUACAUUACCUGUAUGGAUUUAGAUGCUUUUUGUGAAAUCUAUUAUAGAUGAAGUUCUUUGCACUACAAUGAUUCUUCAAUGUCCAACUUUACAUUACAUGUGUUCUUUUGGAAGUAGGAGGAGUCUAUGAGUUACUAGUUUCAAGAUGCUUGUAGUGUGUGAAAACCAGUUACUAUUGACAAAGCUUUGCACUACAAAUCCAUUUUCAUUAGUUCCUGCAUUUCAAUAUAUGAGCCAAGACGCGCUGCUGUAAUUUUUAGCUUUUAUAUUCA